GCUGGCUUCUACCGCAGUGAAUACCAAGACAUGGGUGUCAAUCAGGUGGUGGCCACCACGCAGAUGCAGGCAGCUGAUGCACGCAAAGCCUUCCCCUGCUUCGAUGAGCCGGCCAUGAAAGCCAACUUCACAGUGACACUGAUACACCCCUCCAACUAUGAGGCAAUUUCCAACAUGCCUGCUAAGAGCUCCCAGAUGCAGAUGAUCAAUGGGACGAGCUGGAACAUCACUGAGUUUGACACCACCCCCAGGAUGUCCACGUACCUGCUGGCCUUCAUCGUCAGCCAGUUCAAAUCCGUGCAGGAUGAGUCAGGGAAGACACUGAUUCGCAUCUGGGGCCGCCCCAAGGCCAUCACUGCUAACCAGGGCCAGUAUGCACUCAAUGUCACCGGCAGCAUCCUCAAUUUCUUUGAGAUGCACUACGACACACCAUACCCACUCCCGAAGUCUGACCAGGUCGGCCUCCCCGACUUCAAUGCGGGUGCGAUGGAGAACUGGGGUCUGGUGACAUACCGGGAGAACUCACUGCUCUUCGAUGAGGCAUACUCCUCCAUUGGCAACAAGGAGCGGGUGGUGACCGUCAUCGCCCAUGAGCUGGCACACCAGUGGUUUGGGAACCUGGUGACACUGAGGUGGUGGAAUGACCUGUGGCUGAAUGAGGGCUUUGCCUCCUACGUGGAGUACCUGGGUGCUGACUGGGCUGAGAAGUCCUGGAACAUCAAAGACCUGAUGGUGCUGAAUGAGGUGCAUGCGGUGAUGGCAACAGAUGCCCUGGCCAGCUCUCACCCGCUCUCCUUUCGUGAGGAUGAGAUCAACACCCCAGCCCAGAUCAGUGAGGUCUUUGACAGCAUUGCCUACAGCAAGGGAGCUUCGGUGCUGCGGAUGCUCUCAGACUUCCUUGGCGAGGACAUCUUCAAGGAGGGGCUCCAGUCCUACCUCCACACCUUCUCCUACAACAACACCAUCUACAAAGACCUCUGGGUCCAUCUGGAAGAGGCGGUGAAGCACAACAGCCUCCAGCUGCCUGGGACCGUCAGCGACAUCAUGGACCGCUGGAUACUGCAAAUGGGCUUCCCUGUGGUGACUGUGAACACCACCACCGGCGCUGUCAGCCAGAACCAUUUCCUGCUGGACCCCAAGUCCCACGUGGACAGACCGUCCAUCUUCAACUACACCUGGAUCGUUCCCAUCACCUGGAAGACAAACAAUAGCGCUGGGGGCAGGGAGUGGCUGACGAAUGUCACAGGCACCUACAACCAGUUCAAGAUCAACCCCUCCAAAAAAAAAAAGAACCUCAACGUCAGCGGGUACUUCCGUGUCAACUACAACACGGAGAACUGGAAUCAGCUCCUCAGACAACUCGACAUCAAUCCCGAGGUCUUCCCUGUGAUCAACCGUGCCCAGAUCAUUGAUGAUGCCUUUAACCUGGCCAGGGCCAAGUAUGUCAAUGUGACCUUGGCCCUGAGCACAACGCGGUUCCUGGGAUGGGAGAAGGAGUACAUGCCCUGGCAGGCAGCGCUCAACAACCUCCAGUACUUCCAGCUGAUGUUUGACCGCAGCGAGGUCUUCGGGGCCAUGACGAAAUACAUGAAGAAGCAGGUGACUCCUCUCUUCGACUACUACAAGGACAUCACCGCCAACUGGACCAAACUCCCUGAUGGCCUGAUGAACCAGUACAAUGAGGUCAAUGCCAUCAGCACCGCCUGCUCCUAUGGCCUCACUGACUGCCAGGACCUGGCCAUCCAAUACUUGGUUGCCUGGCAGAAAAACAGUAGCGUGAACCCGGUUCCUCCGAACCUGCGCUCAACCAUCUACUGCAACAUGGUGGCCACGGGCGGGGAGAAGGCCUGGAAUUUCCUCUGGGAGAGGUUCCGAGAGGCAGCUGUGGUAUCUGAGGCUGACAAGCUCCGCACAGCCCUCUCCUGCAGCCCCCACCCCUGGAUCCUCAACCGGUACCUGGCGUACACCCUUGACCCCACAAAGAUCCGGAAGCAGGAUGCCACCUCCACCAUCAACAGCAUUGCCAGCAACGUGGUGGGGCAACCCCUGGCCUGGGACUUCAUCCGUGGCAACUGGAAGACGCUGUUCAACCAGUACGGGGGCGGCUCCUUCUCCUUCUCCAACCUGAUUUUGGGUGUGACCAAGCGCUUUGCUUCCGAGUUUGAGCUGCAGCAGCUGGAGCAAUUCAAGGAAGACAACCAGGACAUCGGGUUUGGGUCGGGGACGCGGGCGCUAGAGCAGGCGCUGGAGCGGACUCGUGCGAACAUUGACUGGGUGAAGGAGAACCGG